UAUGGAUAAUCCAAAGCAAAAGACAGUCUUAAAGGUUGAAAAAGGAGAUGGAUCUCAUCACACUUAUUCUCAAGAUGAAGUAUCCUCCUUUUGUGACCAUAUAAAUUAUUACCUUAGAGAUGAUAAGGAUGUUGCAGACGUUUUACCAUUAAAUCCAGAAACAAAUGAUAUGUUUGUUAAGGUUGGGGAUGGUAUAUUGUUAUGUAAAAUCAUCAAUUUGGCAUAAAAUGGAGCAAUAGAUCCAAGAGCCAUUAAUGUGAAGAAGCCACUUAACAUCUUCAAUGAAAAUGUAUUUAAGAAUUAUAUAUAUCUUAUAGAUCAACUUGAAUUUAGCUAUCUAAUCAGCAAAAUCAAUAGGAUGUGUUGUUGUUAAUAUUAGGCCAGACUUAAUUAAAGAUAGAAGAGAACACAUUAUUCUUGGAUUAGUGUGGUAAAUCAUAAAAGUAUUAAUUCAUAAUUUAAUAGAUUUAAACAACUAAAAUGGUAAAUUUAAAAGAAAAUCCAUUUUUGAUUAGACUCAAAAAAGAGGAAGAAGAAAUUGGAGAUAUUCUUAAAUUACCACCUGAUUAAUUACUUUUGAGAUGGUUUAAUUAUCAUUUGAAAGAAGCCAAAUCUCAAAGAUAAGUAAAUAAUUUUGAUAAGGACAUACAAGAUGGUGAAGCUUAUAUAAUCUUGCUUAAUUAAUUAAAUAAGGAUAAAUGCAAUUUGGAUGGACUUACUUAAGAUUAAGAAAACAGAGCUAAAACUAUUAUUUAGAAUGCUGAAGCUAUCGGUGUACCUAAAUUCAUGAGACCAGUUCAUAUAGUUAAAGGAAAUUCAAAAUUAAACUUAUUGUUUUGUGCAUAGAUAUUCAAUGCAUGUCCUGGAUUGACACCAAGUUAAGAUGAUUAUGAAAAAACUAAAAUGUUAUAAGAAGAUGAUGAUCCUGAAAGUAGUAUGGAUGAAAGAGUAUUCAAAAUGUGGAUUAACAGUCUUAAUAUAGAAGAUGGAUAUAUCAAUAAUUUAAUAGAAGAUAUGAGAGAUGGAAUCAAUCUAAAUAGAUUAUUAGAAAAAUUAAAGCCAUAAACAAUAAAUUGGAAGAAUGUUAAAAUUCCAGCUAAAUCAAGAAUUAUUAAAGUUCAAAAUGCUAAUUACUCAUUAGAAUAAGCUAAAACAUUCAAAAUUACUCUUGUCAAUGUAGGUGGAGUUGAUUUUGUAGAUGGAAAGAAGAAACUCAUAUUAGGUGUCAUCUGGUAAUUAUUUAGAUUGGAUGUUCUUAAAGUAAUUCAUUUAUAAUAUUAUAAUAGACUAUGGGAGAUUAAAAAGAUGAUCAAAUCUUAGAAGCAGCCAAUAAGAAGGUUCCUGAAGCUGAAAGAUUAGCUUCAUUUAAAGAUCCAAAAGCUAAAACAAGUCAUUUCUUCUUCAGACUUUUGAGUUCAAUUGAACCAAGAGCUAUUGAUUGGGAUUUUGUUUAAAAAGGUAAUUAUUAUAAUUCAUUUAAUUUUUUUAGGUGAAACCUUAGAAGAAAUUGAAAGUAAUGCUAAAUAUGUGAUAUCAGUGGCUAGAAGAUUAGGUGCAACAGUAUUUUUAAUUUGGGAAUAAAUAAGAGAUGUAGAUUAUUAAAUUUAUUUUUUAUUAGGGUAAAGCAAAAAUGUUAGCAGUCUUUACAGCUUCCUUGUUGCAUUUUGCAGAAGAUUAUAAAGUAGCAAAACUUGGAAAUGCCGAAUGAA